UUUCCUGUAGCCUGUACAGUAAAAAACAGCCGUCGAGGAGGGCAUCGUAGAUCAAAGUGUGUUGCUAGCAUGACAGCCAGCAAGCCCGGAGAGUGGCUACAACCCGCCAGCUGAGCACCAAGGGUUUUUUUCUGCCACCACAGAAUCCAGCUUUGAUCCUCUUAUCCAUCUGCUUUCACUUCAAGCAGCAGGAUACGUGAUACAAAGCACUGACCUCCAUCUGAAGUCAACUUUUUAGAUCAACUAUCAGAUGGUUGCAUUUCCUCGUCAGUGCGGACCGCAGACUUUGCCCCUUUUUUCCCCCCCCGGUCAUUUCUGGGAUGACAGACAGGACAGGAAGGACUGCCGAUCGGUGCUGCUGUGGUGAAGAGAAAGGUGAGACUGUCCUGUAGCUGAUCAUCUACACAAGAUCGGACUGUGAAAGGCUCCCUCUUCUCUUCGGAUCUUAAGAAACCGGCACAAGCUUCAUGACUCCAUAGAGCUCAUCCAGACCACAGCAGCAGUUCAUAAUCCUGACAUGAUGGGGGGCUCACUCUGGAUUUCCCGUCAUGCCACUAAAGCUGGGUUCACAAGAAGGAGCUUCAUCACAGUGCUACCCCUGGCUUUAUUGUUGCCCACAGUGAGAGUCAGUGCACAGUGGAUAGCUAGACCUCUGGACUGCCACAAGACUUGUGUGUGUGCCAGUAACAUCAUCAGCUGUUCCAAGAUGAAUCUAACCAACGUUCCCACCACUCUUCCAAAAUAUACGGCUGUUCUGGACCUCAGUUUUAACUUUAUUACCAGGCUACGUGCUGAGUGGACCACCUACAGACUCAGCAAACUUCACAGUCUGCUGCUCAGCCACAACAGUCUCACCUUCCUCUCCUCUGAAGCGUUCGUGCAUGUGACAAAGGUUCGUUACUUGGAUCUGUCCUCUAAUGGACUCCGGCAGCUGGACGAGAACAUUUUUCAGCCACUGGAGCACCUGGAGGUGCUGCUGCUUUACAACAACCGCAUCUCUCAGAUAGAUCGCUCUGCCUUCUCGGACCUCAGCAAUCUGCAGAGGCUCUACCUGAGCCAGAACCAGAUCUCACGCAUCCCCCUGGAGCUGGUGAAGGAGCGGAGUCGUCUGGAAACUCUCCGGUUGUUGGACGUGUCCUCCAACCGCAUCAAAGUCCUGCCCAUCCAUGAGCUUCAGGCUCUGCCAGGCUGGAUCAAGAAUGGUCUGUACUUCCACAACAACCCCGUGCCCUGCAGCUGUCAGCUGUAUGAUCUGGUGGCACGCUGGCAGCUCAAGGAGCUCAGCUCUGCCACUGACUUCAAGCUCAGCCACACUUGCGUGGUACCAGGCCCGCAGAAAGACAAAGUACCCAUACUGGAUCUGGACAAGGUCUAUUUGAACUGCAGUGAGGUCAGCAUCAUGGAUGAAUACACCUAUCUGGAGCAGUUCCUGGUUCUUGACUGUGACACCAGGCAGAAGGACAUGGUGAAGACCUGGACGUUGCCUGGAGACAUCCCCUUGCCUCCAGCAUCAGAGACUGCUGUAAUGCGUGAUGACGGCAGCCUCCAAAUUGGGCCCCUGAAGGCAAAGGACUCAGGGGUCUACACCUGCUAUGCCACCAGUGACUCCUUUAAUGAGACAUUGUAUGUUACUGUGGUGGUGUUUAAUUCCACCAAUAGCGGUGGACUGGAGAACCUAAAAACAGCCUACACCACCCUCGUAGCAUGCGUGAUCACUGUAGUGAUGGUUAUCAUGUACCUCUAUUUAACACCCUGCCGCUGCGCUUGGUGUCCAGGUCAGGGCCUGGAGAAGACCGACCCCGGAGACAGCCUCCGCUCUUCAACCGUUAGCAUCUCACAUGAUGAGACAGGCCAAGAAAGAGCAGAAGGCGGAGGCUUCCCUUACAGACACGUGGCCUUCCUGGAACCCAAGGACCAGCUGGAGCAGAACGGGAGGUUGAACCCAAUAGGUGAAGAAGACGAGGAGUGGCAGGGGGAUGACAUGGAGAGAAGGAGGUCUGACGCAGAGUCUGUCAGCUCUGUGUGCUCCGAUACCCCCAUGGUGGUGUAAAAGUCAGUGACACAGCCUGCAGGGUAAGACAGUGACGACUUGAGCCAUAUGGCUGCUCCACAGAGGCUUCGCGUGCUCUGAAUGUGUGCAAGAUUCAAACGUUAGCAUCUUCCAAACAAGGUUAAAGCUUUAGUUGUCUCUCACAGCUGGUGGUAUUAUUGCAGUAGAGUGUAGCCUUGAUAGAAAAUACAUUAUCAGUGCAAUAUCUGAAUGAAAACGUCCCUAAAACAUUCUGAUAAUAUAAGUGGUAAAUAUCACUUGUGUCCUAAAAUUGAUUGUUGCAUUUCUGUCAGUUGUCACAUAGGAUCGAAUUAGCAGUUAGUUAGAAGCAAUUAGUGCUUCAAUUACUUUCAAUGGUGUCACUUUCACUGCAAACUAACAGCCAGGCCUGCAGGAUUUUGCUAUGCAAGUAAGUACACAAGAGAUUAAACCUCUAAACUUUUUGCAUUUGGGAUGAUUUAAAUAAAAAUAAAUAAAUACUAGCCCUCGGUACUAAUUACUGAGAGACAGUAAACAGCAUGAAAGCAUUUUCGGUGUUAUUCCUCCACUUAGCUGGCUUCUGGAUAUCCGGAGGCUGCACUUUAAAUGAAAGUUAUCCAGCUUUUGUUUAUGCACAUCACAGCACUACAAAGAUUAGACGGACAGAAGCUGCUGCCGCUGCUUGAAAGAGAAGCUCAUUUUUAUGCAGAGCUUGCAGAGCUCACUUAAUUAUAACUGCAAGAUGAUUAAUAUUUACGCUGUGUUUUUACAUUCCUGUUUGGUUUUGUGCCUUUACAGGACACGAGACUGUAAGGAUUACACUUUAUGCAAUUUUAUCUAUUUAUAUCAUUUUAGAUUUUGAGUGUGAUUUAAUGCUCAAUUAAUAAUAUGUGUGUGUGUUUUAAAUACUUUUUGACAACAUCUUAAACCUUAUAUGCAGGUAUAUUUUAAGUUAUUUUGGUUCAGCAGAAUCACCAAUAUGUCAUGCACUGUUUUAGUGAAGUGAAGUGAAAAGGUUUUCAGAUCCAUCGAACUUUAUCUCGUGUUGUGGCAGUUAUUCAUAUCACAAUAUACUACAGGUAUUACUGAAACAGAUGUCUUGUUGUGUACAUCAACAUAAACACAACUAGUGACUCUUGACAUGAAAUAUCAAUUUAAGAUGAAACCAGUGAUUUCAUCGCAUGAUAAAGCAAAAAUAUAUUAAA